AUGUACGCCUACAAAGGAUUGGCCGGUCUCUUCAUGACCUUUGCCGUGGCAGCCGCCGACGUAUACAUUCCUGAUGGUGCCAGUCUUUGCGUUGGUCAAGGCGAAGGAAGCUGCCAAUUCGGCGUGUACUCCUACUUGAACUCCAAGGAGUAUUGCUCAGCUACUGGCAAAAGACAGGCAAUUAUCUUCGAUCACGCUUGCAAUCAAAUUGGUCAUUCUGACGACAACUUCGCCUUGGGCGCCUCCAUUGACUCCCAGCUUCCUUACACAGUUGACGUGAUCCACGUCACUGGUGCUCAGGAUUCUGGCUGCAACGAAGAAUACACCAUCACAUACAGCGAUGGGGAAUAUGGAUAUGGAGAGCCGUCCGGCGGUGUCUGGGGUCAAUGCACUAGCAAUGACUCGGAUUACCCUGAGUGCAACUACUACCGUGUGGCCUUCGCUUGCCCGGGGUUCUAA